CUUUCUGUUCGCCCUCCACUCCACUCAGUCUCUCAGCAAAUCCUAUGAAAUGAACUUUUGGUCAAUGCAGAACCAGACACACGUCCAUGCCAAGUUGCCAACCUUACACACUAAAGCCCACUAACAAAUUUGUCCAAUUGUCCAAACGCACACAUAGCGUUGCUGACCUUCUAAUUUCUAUUCACCACAAAAUCCAAAACUCUCUCGUCAAAUGCAAAGUGCUCCUCUUUAUUUUCGUCCUUGUCCCUAUAUUUGACACCACAAUAUAUAGUUAUCAUACACACUUAUGUACCUCCAUUCAUAGCUCUCAAAAACCCGUUAAAUCAUAACUAUUAUCUCCUUUCUCUGCUUUACACAACAAGAGAAAACUAUGAGAAACGUUUCAAAGAAUAGGUUCUUAACCUGUUUCCGUCCUGUGGUUGACAUAGAUGACAUGCUCGAGCCUAAAGCUGCUGUUGUUGAUGAUUCUGCUAGUUGUCGUUUUGCAUGUAUCCCGGUUGCAGACAAACAUGACGCCAAAAAUUCAACGACCAAAGCCACGCUUUCUGACCAAGAUAUGUUAGCACAGAAUUGGAUUGUCGUGCCUCGUCCUCAAAAACGAACGUUUUCUAAGAUAAUUAAAGCCGAUUUGUUUUUAUUGAAUACAAGAGCACGCAAUAAAAAUCUUGAUGGCCAAGGUUGUUUUGGGUCAAAGCGUGAUUAUUCGGCAUACACAGAAAGUUCAUCAACCGGUGAUGAGAAGAAACAAGCUUUUGUGGGCACCAACAUUCAGAAAAUCAAGCCCCCAGAAUGGUCUUCGUCGAUUUCAUCUUCAAAUUCGCCCGAAUCAAAGAACGAGUCCCCUAAAGACCAAGUAGAGAAGCAAAAGAAGUUUCGGUGCUUAGGAAUAUACUGGGUUCUUGUAAGCUUAGUGGUUACGGUCUUUUGGGGUAAGGUCAAUGUUACUAUCUGGACAUCAUUAUUGUUAUGUUUUUUCUCUAUUUGGAACGGAAUCUGUUGCUGGAAAAAAGAGGUUCUCAAGUUGCGGAACGCAGAAUCCAAAGCACACAAGAAUAGCCGUAGGGACCGUAAUGGAAGGAGUGGUCGAAACAAAGGAACGUUCGUAAUGGGCAUUGAAUCUUUUACGUGAGGAUCCUUCUUUUUGUGCUAGAGGCUCUUCUUCAAAAAUAAAGAUUUUCUUAUGCCCAAUGGACAGAGACAAAAGUUUUUUGUGACGUUGACCUUUUUCAUAAUUGGCAAUGGCAAGUAAUCAAGUUGAGGAAACCUGAAGCACCUGUUCGUGUUACACUCUAAAAUGUAUAUUUAACGAAUGAAAAGUAGGAAAAAUAUGUAUGAACUUUGAUGGGAUGAUGGUUGGUUGUGUAUCCCAAAUCCUAUAUAUAUCAAGGUUGUAAAUGAGCUUUUAAAUUCUAAAUAUUUUACAAUAAAUUUUACACAUAAUAU